AUGGCGUCCUGCGCGAUCGCCUUCUCCGUGUGGAUGCGCCCCUCCGGCGACCUCGACACGCGGCUGGCCUCGGUGAUCCGCGAGGUCUCGGAGGCCUUUGGGGCGCCGCCCUUCGCGCCACACGUGACGUUGCUGGGAAAUGCACCCAAAGGAACGGUUGAGGAGGCAAAGUUGGCAACAGAGAAACUGGCGGCGAAGUUGGCGCCCUUUGAGGUGAAAAUUCUGCCGGAUGUCGUGUUUCACGACACCUGGAAUCAGAAUGUUCUGAUGUAUGUGGAGGAGUCCCCGGCCCUGCUGGAGGCGAACCGCCAGGCGCAGCAGACCUUGUUGGCGCGCGAGGACGCCACGGCCUCCUUUGCGCGGCCCUCCGGGCGCCCGCACUCGUCGCUGAUCUACGGCGAUCAUCCCAUGGAAGAACGGCCCAAGAUCGUCAGUUGGAUCCAGGACCGCGCGCCUUGGUUGAAGGAGGGGAUGAGCUUCACCGUUGGAGAAAUUCAGCUCUGGGCAGCCACUCGCUUGCAAGGCGAGAGCGAAAAACUGCUCAACGAACUGCAAAGCCAAAAGCUGGAGCCUCGAUUUCCCGUGGAUUUGAAGGCCGAGCUGCUGCAGAAGAAGCAGAUCUGCGAGGCUCAGCGAGGCCAGCUCUUUGCCAAGCAAGGUCGCAGUAGCCAGUACACCAGCGUGGCUCAGCGCAACAAGGCCGGGCGUUUUGGAUGUUCUUGUCACUGA